AUGCCAUUUGCCCGCCAACCGCUCAAGGCCAUCUACGUCGCCCAACGGCUUAUUACCACGCUUCUCAUGAUACCCUUCUGGGUCCUCUACUAUGCUCUUCUACCUAGAAGAUACCGUCCGAGGCCAUCCUGGUCGCUCAAGCAGAUAGUGACCGUCAACUUUACCCGGCGCAUAUACAAGGUGACCGAAGUCGCUGGCGUCACUUGGGGCACGCGGAAUCCCGAGGCGGCCUGUGACAAUAGGACACUCCAGGAAACGAGGUUUGAGUGGAUAGACCCGCUCCCUGUCGAGCUGUGCACCGGGAUUAUUGCAGACAAGCAUGUUCCCCACAAGAGAGUGGGCGUCUUUGUCUGGCCCAAACACGAUCCUGAAGCGCGUGGGCCAUCGAAGAGCUCUGAUGUCGCCUUGAACGAUCCCCUCGAUAUUGAAGCCGCAGCCGGUGAGGUGCCUCUCAUUGGCAUCUUCUUGCAUGGCGGCGGGUACUGUCACAUGUCUGCACACGAGAAAGCCGGGACGUCCAAAAUUCCGCGCCGGCUAAUCCGAGACAACACCCUGACGAAAGUUUACGGCGUAGAAUAUCGAUUACUGCAACAUGCGCCUUUUCCUGCCGCGGUUCAGGAUGCUGCUGCGGUGUAUGCACACAUCGUUCGCCAGCAUCAACGUCAUCCCCUAGAUUCUACAUCUGAUACCGAUCCGCAAAUACCAGGGACGAAGAGUGAGGAUCCCACAGAGUGGGACUUCUUGAGUCCCAACGAUAUACCCGAAGCUAUGAGACACGAUGAAGAGAACACGAAGAUAAAGAAACACGUUACACAAGCGGCACAGACCAUGCAGUGCAAGAUUAUAUUGAUCGGCGACAGUGCAGGCGGCAAUCUGGUGCUGGCGCUGGCGCGAUGGAUUAGGGACGAGGGCGUACUUCCACUACCAGACGGCCUCUUAUUACUCUCGCCGUCUUGCGAUCCAUCGCACGCAUUUCCAGAAGCGCCUUCGUCAUAUAUACCGCGGCCCCACGCAAGCACGGAUUACCUGGUGGACACGCCGGAACCGCGCGCGUUGCUACAGCGGACGUUUCUGGGUCACAACUCGAUCGAAACGAUGCACAGUCCGUACGUGAGUCCGGCGUCUGGACGCGUUCUACGCGCAUUCUACGGGGACGCGUUCGCCGAGAGCGUACAGUUCUUGACGAUUCGGCAGAUGGACACCAUUGCGCGAGAGAAUCUGCGCACGAUGGUAUCUGCACCAGCGACGCCGGUGCCGAUGACACCCAUGGUCGACGCUGGGCCGGAGCUGGAGCGGAGUCCGACGAGCCUGGCAAGGCCCAUUAUUGCAUCGCCGCGUGGACUAAGUCUAUUCAGCGACUUCCCCAAGACGUGCGUCGUACUGGGAGAUGCCGAGCGGCUAGAAAGGGAGGUCAUGAGGUUAGUGGGUGCGAUGGAGCGCGACGGAGUGAGCGUGCGCACGGUCUGGGUGGAGGAUGGGGUACACGACGUGCUGCAAAUGGGGUGGUGGGACAAGGUAGUAAUAAAUAAAGUGUGGGAAGGGAUUGAGGGGUGGCUAAGAGAUUUUAACUGA